AUGGAUUACAAGAAGAAACAUUUAUAUGUAAAUGAAGAUUUCUUUUCAAUUUUAUUUGACAGUGCCGUGAAAAUGAUAACAUCUGCUAUUAUUUCGAAUGAUUUCCUAUGCAAUAUCCUCGAUAAUGACUCUAUAAAAACAGUCGUUGGUGCUAUGGUGACCGAAAGCUUUAGUGUGAACAGCUUCAUCAUCAACGAAGGUGAUUCGGGAAAUUUUCUUUACGUUUCCUCCGAGGGAAUAUUUGAGGUAAUCAAAGCUGGCAAUUCUAUUAAAUCAUUUGGAGCAGGAGUUGUUUUUGGAGAGCUUUCCAUAUUGUAUAAGGCGAAAAGAUUUGCUUCGAUUAAAGCACUUACCAACUGCAAAGUUUUCUCACUCGAAAGAAAAGUUUUCCAAAAAAUUAUGAUGAGUUGUGGACGGCGAGAACGUGAAGAAAAUAUUAAAUUUUUGUCAUCGGUUUCAGUUCUUAAAGAUUUGCCGCUGGUGAUACUUAAUAAGAUUUCCGAUCUUUUAAAGCGUGAAUAUUUUCCCGCUGGGUCGACUAUUAUUCGCCAAGGUGACCCUGGUGACAAAUUUUAUAUAAUUCGUGGUGGAAGUGUUAAUGUAAUUAAAAGCAAUGAGAACGGUCAACGGCUUGUGGGAAUUCUGAAGAAAGGAGCUUAUUUUGGUGAACAAGCUUUGAUACAUCAAGACAAAAGACUGGCAAGUAUAAUUGCUAAUCAACCUGGCACAGAUUGUUUGACCCUUGAUAGAAAAGCUUUUGAUGCUCAUCUUGGUAGUCUUGAAGUGAUUCGCAACACGAAAAUUGCCGAUAAAACCUUUUCACGUGACUCUAAAGCAUCCACUGUAUCAAAACAAGACUUUGGUCACGUUCAACUGAAUGAACUAAAGCUUAUUGGAACACUGGGUGUGGGCGGAUUUGGACGUGUCGAACUAGUUCGGUAUAAAAAUAAAGUGACUUUUGCCCUAAAGUGUCUUAAAAAGAUUGAAAUGCUUCAACAACAGCAACAACAACACGCUUACAAUGAAAAAGAAAUUUUAUUCGCUUGCGACAGUCCAUUUAUCGUUCGGUUAUACAAAACAUUCAAGGACAGAAAGUUCUUAUAUUACUUGAUGGAGCCCUGUCUAGGCGGAGACGUAUGGACUGUCCUACAAAAAUAUAAAUAUUUCGAUGAGAGAACAUCAAAAUUUAUGGCUGCCUGCGUAGUUUUGGCUUUGGAGUAUCUCCAUGGAAGACGAAUUAUUUAUCGUGAUUUGAAGCCUGAAAACCUUAUGCUUGAUUCGAGCGGAUACAUCAAACUGGUUGAUUUUGGUUUUGCAAAAUUUAUCAAACCGGGAAACAAAACAUGGACAUUUGCCGGAACGCCGGAAUAUGUUGCACCAGAAAUUAUUCUCAACAAAGGCCAUGAUCAGAGUGUCGAUUAUUGGAGUUUAGGUAUUUUAAUUCAUGAAUUGUUAAUUGGAAAACCACCAUUUCGUGGAAAAAAUCAAAUGCAAACUUACAACCAAAUCUUACGCGGUAUUGAUUGUAUUCAAUUAUCACAAAGAAUUCCUCGAAAAGCUCAAAUAAUAAUAAAACGUUUAUGUCGUCAAGUUGGGACAGAACGUUUAGGUUUACAAAAGAAUGGCAUUCAAGACAUUAAACAACACCAAUGGUUCAUUGAUUUUGAGUGGGAGGAUGUAGAAAAGCGUAAAACGCCAGCACCAUUAAUUCAGCCUGUUAAAAGUAAUUCGGAUCUAUCAAAUUUUGAAGAAUAUCCUAAAGAUAGAGAUGAAACGCCAGAUGAAAUUUCUGGUUGGGAUAAAAAUUUUUGAAAUAGUUCACUUGAUUUAAAGAAAAUAUUAAUUUAUUGUUGCUGUGAUUUGCAUUUAAUCCAUUAUAAUAUUAUACUUAUAAUAUCUUUGUUUAAUUAUUAAUUUAAUUCUACGAACAAUUGUAACGUAAAUUAUUCACGGUUGAAGGAUAUUUCGUUAUACUUUAUGUAUGUAUAAUUAAGAAGUAAAUAAAAACACCUUU